CUUCAUUUCCCGAAAGAAGGCUGGCAUCUAUCCAACCACUUUCUUCAGAAAAGCUAGUUAUCGGAGUUCAACAUUUUAUUCAUGAGAGAAGACUCUGGCAAUGAAGCAUGAUACCUUGUUCCUCGCUGGCUGUCUCAAGGCACAUACAUCAAGGAGGCACGCUUUUGCCUGGGACAACAAAUUCCACUGUGAAGGAGAUCGGCCUUAAAUCUUGAGGUGAAUAUAAUUCUGAUACAGAACAUCAGUAUUUCUAAUAUGCUCUAGAACAAAUAAUUUGUCUGGAUUGUCAGGCAGCUCUCUUGGAAAACAUGAGAUGUGAAGGGAAUUGGUGGAGAUUUAUCAUGGCCAAAUCUUUAAACAAGGAAAGCAACAUGUGUGUGUGUGUAAAUUUUUAUGUGUUUAUUGACAUUAUGCAGUGGGCAGAAGCUAGAUCAGAAUCCACUGGUAGAUCUCUAGGUGAUUUGCAGUAGAUCAGACCCCCAGUUGUCUAACAGCCUCCCCCCAAUCUAAAGUAGGGAUGUGUGUCCAUUAUACCGUUAAAACACAUUAUUUCCCUCAAAGAAUUAUGGGCACUGUAGUUUGUUAAGGGAUGGUUGGAAUUUUAACUUUGUGAGGGGUAAAGUACAGUGCCCAGUAUUCUAGGAGGGGGGAUGUAGGGUUGCCAUAUGUCCUCUUUUUCCAGGACCUGUCCUCUUUUCCAGGAGUAAAAUUUCUGUCCUGGUAGAUUUUUGGAAUUUGCCAAAACGUCCUCAUUUUUUUCUUUGGUACUAAAGGGAGCAUGUGUGUGCUUGGGAAUUGCCAUUCCGGGAGUGUUAAAUUGGACAAGAGCUGAUUCAGACAUGCAUGUUUGGUUAUUCUUUUACUUAUUUUCAACAGUUGUCUCCUUCUUUCCCAUAAAAGAAAACUAAAUCAAGGUAGCAAACAACAUGAUAGGAAAUUAAAACAAUAUCAAACAAUCAAAUGCCUACAAUAAGGCUAAAACAACAAUAAACUCGAAGUCAUAUGCUGGAGGGGGAACCUGCUCAUCAAAAGGAGUACUGUGAUGAGGCUGAAGUUCCUUUCUUGUCGUCAACAUCAGAAAGCCCCCAUCCCAUGACACACAUACUGUGCUUAGGAUGGAGGGGGAACAGGGCCUUAGAGAAUUAUCUCGAUAAUGAAGCUGAGAGCCAACAUGACACACUGGUUAAAGCUUCUGGGCUGAGCCCAUAGGUCCAUAACGAGGAUCCUGCAGGGUCAAGGCAUCUUUCUUCUUCUUUGGCGAUCACUCGUAGCCGAGUAAAAUAGUCAUUCCAUAAACACGGUUUUAAAAGUGAGUCAGUAAGAGACUGUGGAGGCCAGUUCUGGACCCACACAUCCUUCCACAGUGGGGACAUACCGGUAGGUUUCCGGGUGGGAGUUGAUCACUGUGAGGGUUUGCCAAACGUGCCUUCCUCUUAGCACGCUUCUCCCUUUUGUCCUGAGUUCGAGCUUCUUCAAAGUCCAAGGCACCUUUGGUAAAGGCUGUUCUCCAAUUGGUGCGUUCGCAGGCCAGUGUUUCCCAGCUGUCAGUGUUUGUUUAUACUACAUUGUUAAAGAUUUGCCUUGAGAGAGUCUUUAAACCUCUUUUGUUGACCACCAGCAUUACGCUUUUCAUUUUUAAGUUCAGACUAGAGUAGUUGCUUUGGAAGACAAUAAUCAUACAUCCAAACAACAUGACCAUGUUGAAGAAUCAUUGCAUCCAAACAACAUGACCAGUCCAACAAAGUUGAUGUUGAAGAAUCAUUGCUUCAUGGUGAUCUUUGCUUCUUCCAGUACGCAGGCAUUAUAGGGCUAUCUAGGCAAGCAUCUUCUCUCCCACAUCCCUCUCCGCUCUCCGCCCCAGGCCUCUUCUUUGCUCUUCAAAAUAUGGCAACCCUAGAAUAGUGUGUACUUAUUUGGAAUGUGCUUUGAAGUUGGUGUACACAGCCACAACAGAACCCUAUGAUCAGGAGUAGACUGCGGUGGAAAGGACCUGUGGUUCUGCUACUGAUCACAACUUUUUGCCCUGAGUUUGUGCCCAGGGCAUCUUCAUUAAUUCCUAAUGUAUGUCUGCUCUUUCCCAUUGGUAGACUACAGGGUGGUAGUAAAAAAAAUUCCCAACGAAGUCCCAAAAAACCAACGAAGUCCAAAGUCUGCCCCUCCUUCCCAGUUUUUAGACUAUCCCAUGACAAAUGUUCUUUUAUCCCAUGACAGCUUUAUUGUUGUCGUGUGUGUGUGUGUGUGUGUGUGUGUACUCACACACACAGAGAGUACAUUUUUAAUUGGGUUUUUUAUUGUUGUCGGCCAUGUUGUCAGCAUUGUUUAUGGAACGGCAAGGUACAAAGGUGAUAAAUUAAUAAGCUAGCUGUGCAGAGCAACACAUCCAGGUAAAGCUACAGACCGCUGUCCGUGUUAAAUGUUCCACCUGGCCAGUUCAAGACUUGCUGCACACAUCUGCAGCAGCAUGGGCUGUGCGCAUGGGAAUCUGGUGCCUCACAGCAGCGGCUCAGAAAAGGUAGGGGAAGCAGUGGUAUUCUCUAAGCAGUAGCGGUUCUGUGCUGAUGGGCAGGGGUGCCAAUUUGGCCCCAUGAUCGUGGGUGCCCACAGCCGUGGUUGCCAUGCAGCAUGCAUGGCCCUGGCACCAAAAUUUGUGGGUGCCCGGCUCCUUCAUGGGGGCACCUAUGCUGAUGGGGAUAGGUCAGGGGAGUUGGUGGCAGCAAAGUCAGCAGAACUCCUGGUUGGAGUUCUCCUUUCCCCCUCCUUUCUCCUUUUUACCCUUAAACUCAAAAGUGACAAGUAAGAACGGUGGGCAAAUUGCUGAGUGAGAUCUAUACUGUUUUUGGGUUGUCCCCUCUGUUCCCUUUGGGGAAUUUGCAUGAAGCAUAGGUUGGGCAAUUCAAAGCAGAGGUCGAGGUGAAAAAAAAUGAGUUUCCAAUCUUACUUGGCCUGCUCUCUCUCUUUAUCAUUCAUGGCAGCAUAUUUGAGUCAAGGAAUGUGUGCUUCUCAGCAUGUGCAGAAGCUGCAUCUGGAGAAGAUAUGGGGCAGGCUCAUGAUAUAAUUAAGAUUAAUUAAUUAAUUAAUUAAUUAAUUAAUGCUAACUAUUGAAUAUGAGCGUAGCUCAGUCCUGCAUUUCCUUGCUUUUCAGCGCAAGGUAGCCUGAUCAGGAUGUGCUCUGAAGAUCCUACCUCAGAUGGCAAAUAUCGGGUGUAGCAUUAAGGUGGAAAAUGUAAAAUAGAUCUCAUCCUUUGGCCCCGAAUAUUGGUGCCCCUUGCAGUGGUGGUGAGGGUUCAGCCUCCAAAUUGGUUUCCUUGCAUCUCCCCUGUCCGAGACCACACCACUGUUGUUGGUUCUUGGCUCAAAACCAAUAUCAAAAUGCAUUUAAAAAUGUAUAUUUUGAGAGAGAAAGGUUUCAAAAAAAGAAGAAGAAAGAUCGUAUUUCCCCGUGUAUAAAACGAUGGGUAUUUUUGCUAAAAAAAUAGUCAAAAAUUGAGAGUCGUCUUAUACAUGGAUGGUGAAUGCACAAGGGUUCGGGUUCUGGCUCUUGAAAUACGGCAACCCGAACUAUUUUUAAAUUUGUGGUUCCAGAAAAUUAGGGGUCGUCUUAUACAUGGGAGGAGUGUCUUAUAUAUGGAAAAAUAUGGUAUAUAGAAAGUUAAGUUUAAAGUACAGUAAUAUCUCAGCAAACAUCCAUUCUAGUGAAUGUUCGCGGCAAACUCGGAAGUACUGGAACGGGUUACUUCUGGUUUUGCCGCUCACGCAUGCACAGAAGUGUUACAUCGCGCUUUGCACAUGCGCAGAAGCUUAAACCGCUCCAUGCGCAUGCGCAGACGCGGCGCUUUGCCCUGCGUCCUUUUCGGCUAGCGGCCAGGGCUCCGGAAUGGAUCCCGGCCGCAAAACAAGGUACGACUGUACAUAUUUAAGUGUGAUUUUUGUGUGAGAGAGAUCACACACACAUGGUGAUUAAUGUGGCUAUGGGAUGAGAGAGACUUACGACUAAACACAUAUGCAAGCGAUAUGGAUGAAAAAUAGGCUGAUUCAUCCAUUCCUGGUUGUCACGCCCUAUACUAGCUGACAUCUCCAGUUGUAAUGCAGCUAGAUCAGUUCCUGUUGGUUAGAACAUUUAUUCUUGGAAGGCUGCAUGAAGCAUACAUGCCAUUUUGGAGUUAGCCAAGUAUGUGUUCAUGGAGCUUGGCAGGGGUGGGGGGCGAGUCUAGCAACUUUGGCACCUUAUUACUUAAAUUGCAAAUUUUAUGGAACAAUGACUUCCCUUUUUCUCUUUCCAUGGUUCAUUUUACCUGUCAUGCAUCCCUGCAUAUUUUACUAUAACCUUUCAAAUCAGUUUUCCACUUUUACAUCCAUCAAAAAUUAUUUGCUCUGUUGAAUUUAUCUCAAUGCUGCCAGUGCUUUCAGCUGUAUACAGUUAUUUUCCAUAUAUUCAAUAAAUGUUUUCCACCCUUCUUUAUAUGUAUGUUCUUCUUGCUCUCUUAUUCUAUUUGCCAAAUCUGCAAGUUGUGCAUAUUCUGUCAAUUUAAGCUGCCAAUCCUCUUUAGUUGGUGUUAGGUUGUGGGUGAACAUAUCAGACGACACAGCGAUUCUUCAAACAGCUCUUGCUUAUUCACAGGCCAGGAUAGAACUGAACUGAAGGGUCCAGUCAGCCUGCUUAUAUAGAGCUCCAGUACAAUGUAACUGUAACAAUUUUCUAAAACUAUCCAAUCACUGAACGUCACUUUCGAUCCCUUAUUUGCAUAACUAUCUACAGUAUCCCCCUGCUGGCCCAGGGUGAGAACUUCAGUACAUAUAACAGUUGGGACUUCGCUCACUUUCCAUUUUGGGGCUAACAAAAUAUGGGCCGCAGUUGUUGCAUACAUAAAUAAUUUUCUCUGACAUCUAGGAAUUUCAGUCUGGGUUAUCCCCAACAAAAAGGACUCUGUUUUGGGGAGCAAAGUAAUUUUAAACAUUUUUUUCAAUUCAUUAUAAAUCAUUUCCCAAUGCACUUUUACCUUUUUACAUGUCUACCACAUGAGAAAAAACAUUUCCUCCAUUUCUUUACACUUCCAACACAUAUCUGAUUCUGUUUCAUCAAUCUUAGCCAACCUACUCGGAGUUAAGUACCAUCUAUUAAUCAUUUUCAGGUAAUUCUCUUUCAAUGAAUAACAUGCAGUAAAUUUCAGGUCACUUUUCCAGAGUUUCUCCUAGAGGUUGAGCUCUGUAUUGUGUCCUAUAUCUAUUGCCCAGUGUGUCAUUGAAGCUUUAGCCAGCUCAUCUUUUGUUUCCCAUUCUAGUAGAAAGUUAUACAUUUUAGACAAAAGUUUAUCCAUAUUUUGUAAAAGUUCUUUUUCAAAUUGUGAGCCAUGUGUAUUGUGUUUCUUACCCACCCGGAAGGGGUUACAGCAAAGCAAUGAGGCAAUUUAAAAUCAGAUAAAACUAAUACUUAAUACAUCAUCGAAAGUACAGUUUAAAACAGAGAAUAAGGUCAGGUUCAAAACAUGUAUCUCAGCUGUCAAAUUCUCUUCUUUUAGGGGUAUAUUACUGAAUCAUAAAGACAUGCAUUCUUUGGCAGAGCAGUUGUUUAUAUGCCACAAUGUAGGAUGUUUAUCAUGUCAACAUUGCUUUUCAGAUAUGUCUAGGCAAAUGUCCAAACUGCUGCCAGUUGUGCUACUGGAAAUCCAGCUUCAUAUGAUUGCAGGUGAGAGCUUUCAUUUGGGCAGGUUUACAAUGAAAUCCUCAAAGAGUUGUACAUUUCCCUUUGGAUUUGAAGUCUAAGAGCUUCAGAGCUACCUGGAAGGGUUGGGUGGGUCACACGUUCCUGAGUGCCAGGGUCAGAAAAAGUCUACCAUUAACGAAUAUUCAGCCAUUGUGGAUGGUAGAUUGCAAUUCUUGGCUGCUGGGCACUUUCCUUGCACCUUUGCAGUCCGCAGGACAUAUUCCUGAGCCCUGAGAUGGUCUUACUCAGGUCUUCGUCAGUUUGGUGUCCCAAAUGGGUUGUCCCUUUGGUCUGUAGUAACAGCAAUGGAAUGUGUCCUCAUGGGGCCCAGGACAUGCAGGUGAGCCCAGCCUUGCAGAGUGGUUCAGGGAAGGUGGUGUGAGAAGGACCCCUGGGCUAGACAAUCGUCCAACUAGGAGUGCCAAUGUGAAUUAAAUUUUUGGAGGGCCCACUUGAGCCCUGCCCUGCAAAAUCGAUCACAUGGCACGGCAUGUCGCACAUCUGUUGAAUGACAAUACCCAUCAUCUUUUUGGGGGGAGGGCAGGCGAAAGGUUGGCUCCUAUGCGUCCAACAAAGAAAGAAGAUGUCUACAAUCUUCUCUCGUCUCUCUAUAAGCAUCCUGAAUGUGUUAAAUGCAUAGUUACUGAAUAUGCAUGAAAUUGGUCUUAUGGGAGUUUGAAGUUUGAUCCUGGUUGUGUGAAAAUACUUUCUUUACUCAAAUACUUUCUUUAAAAACGGCAGCAAAUCAUGGCAUGUUUUUACAGAAACUCAUUUAUUAUUAUUUUUUAAAUGAUAUUUAUUAAAGUUUCAAAAAAGGUUACAAAAAUAGGGGGGGGGAAGAAAAAAUACAAAAUACAGAAAAGUAAAAACUCUUUAAAACAAAUCAAUCUUUCCAUGUCUUGUCUUUCAUUUACUUGUUUCCCUGACCUCCUCACACCUCCCUUUUUUGUAUUCCAGUUCAGUUAGCUAAUUCAGCAAAUCCUUUCCCUCUUUGUUUUUAUCCUAAUCCUUUAACUUAAUAUAUUGUAACUUUAGAUUCUCACCUGUUAACAAUCCAUUUUUACAUACUCCUUUGUAACAUUGCUGCUAAAACCACUUAACUUCAUUCUGACAUCAUUCUAACAUUCAUUAAUUUUACAGUAUUUCUGUAAAUAGUCUUUAAAUUUCUUCCAAUCUUCUUCCACCAACUCUUCUCCCUGGUCUCGAAUUCUGCCAGUCAUUUCCGCCAGUUCCAUAUAGUCCAUCACCUUCAUCUGCCAUUCUUCCAGGGUGGGUAGAUCUUGUGUCUUCCAAUACUUUGCAAUAAGUAUUCUUGCUGCUGUUGUAGCAUACAUAAAGAAAGUUCUAUCCUUCUUUAACACCAAUUGGCCAACCAUGCCCAGGAGAAAGGCCUCUGGUUUCUUCAGAAAGGUAUAUUUAAAUACCUUUUUCAUUUCAUUAUAGAUCAUCUCCCAGAAAGCCUUAAUCCUCAUUUAAAGGGCCCAAUUCUUCAUUUCCUUUUCACUGUAGUGUGGUGACAUUGGCAUGGAAAGGGGCUACCCUACCUGAUUCCUCCAUGUAGAAAGCAGUCAUGUCAGUAAGUUGUGAACAAGAAGAAGACAUACCAACCAGAAAUACACACACUGUUGAUAUCAGACUUACUGGACUUCUUCUGUUCCGCAUAAAUCCUGGUGCUUGCAUGAUAAGAUACUCAUGCUUUGUUUCAACCUCUCAGCUUUAUUCACAGUCAAAGUUCUUCAGCCACGUUACACUGCGGAGUACGGGAGUGAUGUGAUUAUGGGAUGUCGCUUUCCAGUCCAUUCCCCAUUAAAUUUGAUGGGACUAAGUGUCUCGUGGCAAAGAAAGCUGUCACUGGGGGACAAAGAAGUCUACAAGCUCAACAAUGGCCAAGAAGACCUCACCCAUCAGGAUUCUGAUUAUCAUGGGAGAGCGUCAUUGUCGCGUGAGGAGUUAGGCAAAGGACUUUCUUUGUUGUCUAUCACCAACAUAAAGCUCACAGAUGCAGGAGAUUACAUCUGUGUUGUUAAAUACGAGGGAGCAGACUACAAGUACAUUACUUUGGAAGUUGAAGGUUGGUAGCUGCAGAACUUACAAUAUAUAUAUUGUAAUACUGUAUUAUUGCACCCAAGCAGUGAGAAUCUAAGAGAAUGAUUUGCAGCCUUAGUUUCCUCUGGAGGCAAGAAUGCUGAACACACUCUGUCAUUUUAAUCCUUUGUUUCUUAACAAAGGAACUGAUUAACACUUUCCACAGCUUUGAACUCACAGAAAAGGGCUCCUAUGUGUAUACAGCUGUAUGCAAUGGUGGUUGUUCCACUAGAUCUACAUCUUUCCUAUCUUUUAAAAAAGUUAAUUAUACUUCUUUCCUAUCUUUUAAAAAAAAAAGUUAAUUAUUUGCAGUUAUUUAUGUGAGAAUUUGGAGAAGAAAAAAGAGUGGCUUCUGCAUGUGCUGCAACUUUCAAUAUGUGUGUGUUAUUGGAAUUGCAGCGUUAGUACUGUAUGUGUCUCUAGGUUUGAGAGAAGUAUGCAGAGUUUGCAAUUCUGUUUCCCGUCAGGAAAACUAACCCCCUGCUAACCUCCUGGCCCAAGCAGGAUAAGCAAAGCAGAAAGCCUUGGCUUCUUGUUAUGCCUGAACUAGAUCUCCCGGUUUGUUUCUUCCAACGUAUUUUAAAGAUGUGCACAUUAAAUGCAAGAUGUAUGCAAUGUCCCUUCUUGCUUAGUUCAAAGCAUGGGUCUUCUAUUAUGCCAUGAUUGUGUAAAUCAACCAAAAGGAAGAGAAAUGGGAAAAGUGCCACCAAAAUACUGCAAAGCGCUCUGUGAUACUGUCCUCCACUUCUUGCAGCACCCUACAAAAGAAUCAAUCUACAGGAAAGAAGAGAUGAAGAAGACUUGAUCUUAGCUUGCCAUUCAGAAGGGUACCCUCUGGCUGAAGUUUCUUGGCACUAUGAGAGGGAUCUGAAUGCCAGCAUACAUGCAAACACUACAUUUGAAAUGACAAGGGAUGGACUUUUCAACAUAACCAGCAUCCUGAGAGUCAGACCAAGCACUCCUGGAAACUACAGCUGUGCAUUCUGGAAUCAGGAACUGAAUCAGGAGACAUCAGCCCACAAAUCAGUGGUUUUGCAAGGUAAAAACUUGUGUGGUUUCACAUUAAUCUGUAGCACGCCCCUACAAUCAGCUGGUCCCAAGGGUGAGUUAAAUACCAAUAUGCACUAUCACCAAGAUGUACCAAUGGAUCCUCUUGUUAUCAUCACAGCACCUGGUGAUUUUUGUAGCGUUAGCUCACUGUCCGUACAAGAAACAGCUUCAAUUGCAGGGAGAAUUAUUUUACAUAUUUUACAUACAUAUUUUAAUUUUCUUGUUUACAGAUAAAACACCUCCAGCACAUAACAGGGGGAAAUCUCCCCUCUUAUUCAUCCUACCAAUUUGUCUGCUGGCAUUAUUUUUACUAAUAGCAAUUGCCAUUAAAGUCCAAAGGAGCAAGUCAAGCACAAAGCUGAGUACCCGAAAAGGUGAGAGACUAUGGCAAGACUCGGGCUCUUGCGGUUAUUUCUGUAUGUGUGGGGUUUACUAUAUAUUUAUAAUCUACUGGAAGCCGCUUUGGAGAUAUCUCAAUCAAAAGGUGGAGUAUAAAUCAUCAAAGCUAAUGAACAAUUAACUUUGGUCAUACAGACGCUGAAAUUAAAUGUGUCUAGUCUGUUUAUGAAUUAGGGGAGCACCACCCAAUUUGGGGGUUGUCCAGACUUCCACUUGUCCCUUUGCCUAGAAAGUAUAGGUCCAAGUGAUUUUGCCUUUACCUUGCAGAUUUCCCUAGGAAAACCCACUCUUUACUGCUGAAUCGGAACAAACAGCAUUCUGUAGAAAACCCAUUGCCAUUGGUUCCAUAUUCAGCAAAGAGCUGGUUUCUCUGGCGGGAAGCAGUAGGACACACAGAAGUGUGGGCCAGCCCUUGUUUGCUUCUGGUUGUUAGAGUUGUACAACGAAACUCCCAGAUCUGGACUCUUGUGCAGAAAUGAAUUUUAUUUACCACAAGAAAUGAGUUUUAAAGCUUUACUGCGGGGGGUGGGUUGGGUAGGGGUAGUCAACCCAACGUUUAAACAUUGCAAAACGACUCCAAAAAAAGAUACAUUGCAAACCUAGCAAUGGCUCAGCUCCAUACAGUAUUUCUCCCUCUGGUCCCAGAGAGAACUUAAUCAAAAUGCAUCUGUCUCCUUUCUCUGCCUGUUGACAUCUCUCUCUGUCUGUGUCUCUCUGUGUUGCAAGCAGACACAUUUGCAUGUAAAGACUCAGAAGUCAGAUCUCCUGUUGAGUCAUGGUGCAGUCCCAGGACUGCCUACAAUACCCAGCAGAAAAACACCAGGGCAAGAGGCAAGGGGGUGGCAAGGCUGGCAGUGUAAAGAGACAAGCAGAGACCAUCAGGUGUUCCCACUGGGGCACUUGUAUUGUGUCGUCCUCCAUUCUCCCUUUCUACCUAAGCAGCAGCAAUGGGAUUGACUAGAGCAGGGCUCGGCAAAGUUUUUGUGACUUGGGCCGGUUCACAGUCCCGCAGACGUGCCGGGGGGCCGGGAGUGCGCAUGCACUCAUGCGAAAAUGCUGUUUCCGGCACUCCUUCUGGCAUGGGGGUGUGCUGGCCAGCAUCGUGGAAGGCGGUCCCUGCUCUGCUGCGCACUGGUUUAGCGCAUAGCUGUCAACUUACAGAUUUGAAAAUAAGGGACCAGCAGCCUCGAAAAUAAGGGAGCAGCAGCCAAAAUAAGGGAUUUUGCUUAGCUUACGGGUUCCAUCAGCCCUCCCCCCCCCCGAGAGGGAGGAAGAGAGACUCUCGUGCACGCCGCCCGUGAGCCCGGCAUGAGGUGGUUGCGGUGCCGCGGCGGUCGCUAAAGCGCCGCCCUUCUGCAUCCCUCCCCAUCCCCUCCUCUUCCUCCUCCCUCAGGCCGCCUCCUCAGCCGCUGCCGCCGCUGCUGCCGCUGCCGCCUCCGGCUUCCCCUGGCAGCGCGGCAGACGUCUCGCAGGAGAGGGGCUGCCUGCCCACCCACCGCCACCCGUCUCCUCACGUCGCGCCCCUGAGGGGGAAAAGGGAGAGACGGAGAUGCGGCAGCUCGUGCGCGCGCUCUCUCAAGGCGGAGGACCUAGAGCCGCUGCUUCCCUCCUGAGCCGGGCGAGCAUGAAAGCCGGGAAAUUUAAGGGACAUCAUCUGUCCGGGACAGCAGCAAGACACAGCGAUGGGAUAAGGGAGUUUCCCGCCAAAUAAGAGACAGUUGACAGCUAUGGUUUAGUGUGGCACACGGGAGCCGACUGAGUGGGUGGGGGGGUCCCCAAGCGGACAGCGGGGGUCCAUGGGCUGGUUAGACGACCCCCAUGGGCCGCUUAUGGCCCAUGGGCCUUAGGUUGCUGCCCCUGGACUAGAGGUUGGGUCAGUGUUUCUUUCCAGCAGGCUGCCAGCUCAGUGCUGGAUUUACGUAUAAGCUAAACAAGCUACAGCUUAGGGCCCCACUCUCUUGGGGGCCCCAAAAAAAUUUAAAGGGGGGGAAAACUGGAUGUGCAUUUCCAAAAUAUAAGAUAAAAAACAAAUAAAAUAAAACCUACAUACAGCAACAGUGUUUUCUGUUGUAUAGGCUCCUAUGAUGUAAGUUAUUUGCCCCGCCUGCUAGUCCGCUCCCCAAAAUAUCACUGGUUUGCUCAUUUCUAUAUAUAGGGUGCCUACAUUCUGCAUGGACUGGUUGCAUGGCAACAUGCGCAAAUAGCUUUAGAUACCUAUGAGGUCCAUAAAUUACCAUAUAGCAUAUAUUCAACACAAAAAGCAGCAACAAUUUGUUGUUGACAAAGGACAGCUGGAUAUAUAAAGGGCCCCAUUACCUUCAGUAGCUUAGGGCCUCAUCAAACCUUAAUCCUGCCUUGCACCAACUACUGCAUUCUAACCCUCGCUAGCCAAUGGAUCUGUUGGUAAGGGUUGCCCAAGAAGAAAUAAACAAAGCAACUUAAUAAUGACUAUUUCCAAACUCUUGGCUUUCAAUGGAACUUCUUAGCCACAACUGGUUUUAGGAUCUCCUCCUCCUCCUCCUCUGCCUUCUCCUUCUGUGCGAUAGUAUUUGGAGUGUUAAUAAAACCGAAAGUGUUUUGGGGCAUUUCCAGAUUUCUCUAGGAAUAGAUAACAGGAAAUAUCUAAGGACAGCUACUUCCUAUUGUGGGGAUUUACAGUUUCACUGAUGUUUUAGCACGAUGAUAGAUUUGCUAGCGUAUGGUUGCUAGAAGUCCCCCUUUCCCGGGGACAGUCCCCGGAUUUAAAAAUUUGUCCCCAGACAAAAUCCGUCCCCAGAAUGUCCCCAGAUUUCACUUAAUGUCCCCUGAUUUAUAUUUUAAGUGUUGUAGAUUUAUUAGUAGGGAAUGAAGGUUGCGUGGUUGGUUCAACGGCACAAGACACAGCAUAUGGGGACUUCCGGUGAGGCAAAAUGGCGGGUGCCAUGGCAGUGAGCAGCUCCUGAAGGCAACCAGAGCCAACUGCGCUACCAGGCUGGCUCUGGGCUGCUGAGGCUGCCGCUGCCACCGCCACUGCCAAGGGGAAACCGGGGGCGCCUGGCGCGUCAACUGGGGGAACCGCUGACACCACCCCAUGACCCAAAUUGAGCCUGGAGCAAGAGCACCCGGCCGACUUUCCAGCAAUGCUCCAGGGCCAGGAAAACUCUGGAGAAGGGAGAAGGAGGAGAGAAGAAGGAGAAGGAAGAGAGAGAAAGGGGAAGGAGAAAAAAGAGGGGAGCCCUGACCUUGCAGCGCCACUGCCGCUGAGGAGGAGAGGUAGGAGAGCACUGGGAGGGCAAGGACAUGUGGCUGAGCCCAGGCCCGACCCGAGCCUACUCCAUGGUGGCUAGUGCUCCAAGAGAGAAGCCCAGAGGAAGGCCACGCAACAGAGGAGACCACAGAAGAGAAGAUAUUACUUCUUUUUAAACCCCCCCCCUUUUCAAAAAAAAAAAAGUGUCCCCAAAUUCUUUGAAAAAAAUCUGGUAACCUUAGCUAGCGUUGCUUGCAAAAUGCCAAGCUCGGAAGCUCUCUUUGUAUAAUCUUGCAUGUUUCUAGGUAAACACCUACCAACAUUUUGUUCGCUUUUCAUAUUUCUUCCCAGGAAAACGAAGAAAAUUCCGACAGUUUUUAAAGGGUAUGUAAUUUUGAUAUAAUUCUCUGGUACAUUAAAAAAAAAAAAAAAUUAAAAACCACACCUGCAGCUUUAAGCUAAUCUCCAGCGAACUUUACGGCUAAGCGGAGAUUUGAAUCUCACUCAAGCCAGUCAUAAUCCAGUAUGCUUCCACUGCACCACACUGAAUCUUACUGGAAGGAAAAGGUCUGUGUUAGUUUGGGUUUCAAAUUGGAUUUGGGUCCACGAAUUAGGCGAUGCCCAUAUGUAUCCUACCUACGGUUUCUCCUUACACAUGGAGCAUGAAUGUGCAUAAGGUAAAAUGAAACUCAAGCUGUGUACAUGUGGAUUUGUGUGCUAUUUCUCCCUUUUUUGGGGCAGAAUGAUUACACAAAUCAUAUGAAACCCACAUCUCAUGUUACAAGCUCUCUCCACACCUUCAUGUUGUAUAUCCCACCACCACCAAAAGAUGUUUGGUUGCGGAGGGCGGGAAUGUAAGAUAGGACCCUUUUUUGUGGCAGAACCCAAGUUGUGUAAUUCACUCCCUCAGGAGGUGAGACUAGCUCCAUCCCUGAUGGUGUUGAGGCAGGCUAAUGUUCUUAUUCCACACGGCUUCUAAUGGUUGUUAAAAGAAGAUGGAAGGUUUUCAACUCUGCUCCUUUUCCAUUCGAGUUUUAAUUUUUAUUUCACCACUUUGUGGUUGUUGUUGUUGUUGUUUUAAAAAAAUGCGAACCACUUUGAGAGGCAAAAAAGUUGUAUAAACAAAAGAAGGGGUCUUUUCUGGUAAGUGUGUGAAUUGGCCUUAGUUAUUCUUAUGAACUGAAGUGCUUGACUGAGAUAUGCCUUCCCACAAUCUCAAUUGCCCACUCAGAGGUGAAUUUGCCUCCUAAAUUGGCCGUAGGAUGGGCCAGAUUGGUAUCGCCAUCUGGUCCAUCCUAAUGCUGUUUAGCUGCUUCUCUGUUUAUAAAAGUAUUUACAUACUGGCCAGUUCCUACAACAACAACAACAACAACAUUUAUUAUUUAUACCCCGCCCAUCUGGCCAGCCACUCUGGGAGGCUUCCAGCAGAGUAUUAAAAUACAAUGAUUCAACAAAUAUUAAAAGCUUCCCUAAACAGUGCUGCCUUCAGAUGUCUUCUAAAAGUCAGAUUAUUUCCUUGACAUCUUAUUUCCUUGACAGCUUAUUUCCUUGACAUCUGAUGGGAGGGUGUUCCGCAGGGCGGGUGCCACUACCGAGAAGGCCCUCUGCCUGGUUCCCUGUAGCUUUGCUUCUCGCAGUGAGGGAACCGCCAGAAGGCCCUCGGUUGGACCUCCAUGUAUAGCAAAGUGUUGCAUAAUAUAUCCAUGGUGAUGUUAUUGCUUCUGAAAUCCAUGGCAUUGUUUCCAUCCAAACUAUCAAUCUGUUCAGUCCACUCACCUUCUCAAGGGAGAAAGGAAAGGCAUAGUAGAUUUACUUCAAGGACUGAAAGUGUGUGUUCAAAUCGGUGAUUAAGUUUGUGAAAAGGAAUCGUAGUUCUCAUCUCUCUUCACUAUUUAAGCUUCUCUCAGAACAAUUCCCACCCCCACCCCCGCUAUUUCCUGUGUCAAACCUGAAAACUACAGAUGUGACCAGAAAUUUCUCACGGUCCAUCAAUCUGAGAAACUGGGGGUUCUCCCUGUGUCAGUUUCUGAAUUAUGAAGUGUCAUAUGUACCAAACACAAAGAUGGAAACCUUGAAUUUGGGGGACUCUGGAACAUCCGGUUAAAGAAAAGGAGACAAAGGCUUUACCCGUUUACCACUUGUCUAAAGUUCUUUGUCUUUCUGCUAUUCUAAGGAGAUUUGGAUCUUCAAACCAAGGAUCUUACUGAGGUGACUGUUACAGACUGAAGAGAUAAAAUGAAGAUGGGAAACUGUUCUUCUGAGCUGCCUGCAAUUUUGCACUUUCCACUUAAUUCUGCUUUUAGAAAUGUAUGAGGAAGCAAUGGUGCUUCAGAGGUAAAUAGGGCUGACACUUCUGGUUUUUGUCAGCGCAGCAGCAUGUGAAUUGCUGAUCGUCCUUCUAAAACUACAGAAAAUUGUGUUGCUGGUCAGCACUUCAAGGGGUUAUCCGAGUACAUCACAUACAUUCUGUGACUUUGUGUACCAUUUCUCUGAAUCUCCCUGCCCUUAAUUUCCUCAAAAUGUUAUGUGUACAUGCAUAGAUAUGUACAUCAAUUUAUGCAUUAAACGUCCGUUGUUAUAAUAGCUGA